AUGGGACUUAUUACAAAUGAUUGGAAAAUUGACGUAUUGAUAGCUAUAUCCACUUUGUGCAUUUUCAUUUAUUACAAAAUCAAAAGCAUAUAUUCAUACUUCGAGAAGAGGAACAUCAAAUAUGUUAAACCUACAUUUUUGCUUGGAAGCGAACCGGAUGGAUUAUUAUUUAAGAUACACGUCACUGAAAGUUGGGACAGGAUAUAUAAAAAACUAGAAAAUGAAAAAUAUGUAGGCUUAUACCAAGCAAUACUUCCUAAACUCAUGAUCAAAGAUCCGGAAUAUAUCAAUGACAUCCUGAAGACAUCUUUCGAACAUUUUCACGACAGGGCUUUUCAAGUGGACGAGAAAACGAACCCUCUUGACGAACAUCUCUUUUUUUUAAAAGGAAACAAGUGGAGAUACAUAAGAAAUAAGAUGUCUCCUCUUUUCAGCAAAGUUAAGUUGAAGUGGAUGUACGAAGAAAUAGAAAAAUGUGUUGAUAUUUUUGAUGAAUGCGUUGCCGAAUUAAGUGAUGGAAAGGAUUUAGACAUGAAAGAGUUAUUGGCAAGAUGCACCACAGAUGUGAUUUCUUCCUGCGCAUACGGGGUUGAACCUCAAUGUUUAAAAAACCCUAACUCGGAACUUCGAAAAGUUGGAAGAGAUUUUUUCGCUCCUGGCAAAACAAACAUGUUAAUAGCGAUUUUGAGAUUGUCUGUACCUCGUUUACUACUUUUGUUUAAAAUUAAAACAGUAUCAACAAAAAUAAAUAAUUUUUUCCUUACUACAACAAAAAACAUUUUGCAUCUUAGGAGAAGUACAGGAGUAGUAAGAAAAGAUUUCGUCCAAUUACUUCUUGAAUUGAAAGAAAAAGGGACAGUUAAUAUAGAUAGUACAGAAAUAGAAAAAGAGGAAAUGCAUGAAGAUUCUCCCAAUGAGAAAAUAGAACUGACAGAUAGUUUAUUAGCUGCACAGUCAUUUGUAUUUUUUUUGGCUGGUUUUGAAACUACCUCAACCACAUUAUAUUUCACAUUUUAUCUCCUGGCAAAACAUCCGGGAUUUCAAGAGAGGGCGAGAAAAGAGGUGUUACAGGUCAAAGCAAAAUAUGGUCAACUCACAUUUGAUUCCUUAAAGGAGUUAAAAUUCCUGAAUAACUGCAUUGCAGAGACAUUAAGGAUAUUUCCAUCUUUGGCUAUCCUAAACCGAGAAUGUAUAAAGGAUUACACCUUACCUGAUGGAACCGUCAUUGAGAAAGGAAUGAACAUCCUAAUACCAACUUUGUCGUUACACCGUGAUCCCAAAUAUUUUCCAGACCCUUUAGAAUUUAAACCUGAUAGGUUUGAAAAUCCACCAAUCAGAGGAACCUACUUGCCUUUUGGAGACGGACCAAGAAUUUGCAUUGGUAAACGAUUUGCCGAAGCUGUUAUGUCUAGUUUGUUGGCAAGGUCAUUAGAAAAAUACAGGUUCGAAUUAAGCCCUAUGAAUAAAUGUACUGAUAAUCUAAAGCUGAACCCUAAAGUAAUUACUUCCUCUCCUCUUCACAAACUUCUGUUAAGAAUUCAUAAACUAAAUGACAUUAAGUAG